AUGAGUAAUGUAUGCAUAAAUGUGCUGGUGGGGCUUCCAGGGGUUGGGAAGACUACAUUUUGCAAUGAGUUUCAACAAUAUUUACUGCAGAAGGGGUCGCCUAUUGUAUUAGUUAAAUUAACUUUUGAUGAGUUUAUUAACAUUAAUAGUAAACAGGACUUGGCUAGUGGAUUGUACAAAACCCAACGAAAGCAACUUCUAGAAUGCAUUGAAAUGCUAGUAAGUGCUGUUAGAAAGCGAGACUCGGAAGCUGUGCAUGAAACGAAUGAAAAUCUGAUCAAAUUAUUUAAAACAGGCGUAUCAGUCGAUAUGACCGUUGCAUCCCCAACAGCUGCAUAUCUUUUUGUGCUAGAUGAUAACAUGUACUAUAGAAGUAUGCGUUAUGAAGUGUUAAAAAUUGCCAGAAAAUACAACACCGGCUACUUUCAAACCUUUUUUGAUGUUCCUGUUGCAGUUGCUAUCGUAAGAAAUGCGGAACGUUCAAAACCGAUUCCACAGGAUAUAAUUUUACGAAUGGCAAUACGGCUAGAAAAACCUAACGCACGGUUCUAUAGAUGGGAGACAAGUUGUAUUUUUACCAAUGAUCCGUUGAAUGAUUUUGUAAAACUUGAAGCUGCAGUAAUUCAAUAUGUAAAUAAUCCGGAAAAAUUUCUGGAUGGGGCAACAUCUACCCAACCCGUAGAGCAAACAAUUAUUCAUAAGUUAGACUUGGUUCUAAGAAGGAUCGUUGGUGACGUUAUCCAAAGUAGUAGAACUUUGGUUACCACGGAAGAGUUAAAACUACUUGUAGAAGAACUAAACCACAAGAGGAAAGCUAUACUGAGCGACGCAAGAAACGGUUUAAUAGAAAUAGAUAUGGAUAAACCUAAUCAAGAGCAUAUUCGAAAGUUGUUUGAGUUUAAUCGAUAGUCAAUGUUAAUAAAACUAUUCGCUUGCCAAAAAUACUGUCUAGUUGAACGAUGUCAUGCGAAUUGGGAUUUUCUUGAUUUGUUUUAUCACUUGUUUUAGUCUUUUUAAAAUAGAAUUGACAUAAUUGAUCGUUAGCAUUUCUUUUCCUAAUACUUUUUGCGAUUAGAUAGGAACUUUGUUUCUUUCGUAUAAAAACCACCAAAGUGUUUUAAAAUAAAUAAACUCUAUAGUCACACAACUCUACUUACU